CGAAGUUUUUUCUUUCGAUCUCUGAUUGUUUACAAGAAAUUGAAAAAAGAAUAUUUAAUUAUUUAUUAGUUAUUUAAAGUGAACUUGCAGAACUCUUAUUCAACAUUUUUUGUGCAUACGAAUGCCCCCUGUCAUAAUAAAACAAAAUUAAUAAUUCUCAAAGCAUUUGUUUCUAAUAUGAUGAUAUUUUUUCUCACGUCAAGGGGUUUGAGGGUAUAAUAUGCAUAUAAAUGUUCAAAAACAGGAAAUGUAAUAAAGCAAAUAAAACACUGCAGAAAAAAAAACAGCGAGGGAAACAUUUCUACCUUUUCCAAUAACUCUUGCACCAAUUACGCUUUGUCUGUUGAUGUCAUAGGUAUAACCAGAUUUCUCAGUUGUGUAAAAUCCCUUACUCGAGACUAAACUAAUACAAUGUUUGUUCACACAAAUGAAAUGAAACUUCGUACCCAGUCCCGCUCUGAAAGAUUUUUCUUCACGAACCUUCAAUUUAUCAUGGUACAUCUUACACACAGCAACAUCGCUUAAGUAAUUUUCCAAGGCUUCGAUUGAUAUUAUCCAGUGAUGAACAGCCUAGGAAAAUUGUUCAUCAUCCAUAACCUCGAUUUCACUUUCUGAUUUUUCUUCUUCGUCAGACGAGCUGAAUUCAACUUCCAAUUUUGCUUUGACUGACAGAAGCUUUGUUUUCAUUUUCAAAAUUAACUUGGAUCCCUUGUUCUCGCAGUAAUUUAUCUUGAUCAUACCAAGAUCCUUUGUCCAAUACCUUUGCCUCUUUUCGUUUCUCGGAAUCAAAUUUCCAUUGUUUAUUUUUCCUUUUUUUUCUUGAAGUUUUGAAUGGAUUUCUACGAUAAUUUGACGAUUUCGAAGACAUUUUCACGAUAACAAAAAGAAACCUAUAAUAAUAAAAAAAAAUGACGAAAUGCUAUAUUAUAUAAUUUAGCUUUUUUCCAGUACUUUUUGUCUCGCUUAUAUCUCACACCUUGCAUAAAUAUUGCGUAAGCAGAAAGUUCUCAAUGAUGAAGGUCAGAUUUUUUUAGUAAACGUGAGUCAUAACUCACUUCGUGCAUAGAAAUAUUUGAUCGCCACAACAAAGACAUAUGGAGUGGAACAUUUUGUAACGCUAAAUCCUUCAAUUUUGAGGAAACAUUUUAGAAUAAAAAUUAGUUCAUUGGAAAGAGCAAUUUUAAUAGUAAAAUGUUCCUUAAAAAAAAUGUAAAAAAAAGUAAUUAUAUACCAUACCGCUACCUUAAUGAUUUAGAUUAUUCGCGAUAUUUUUAGUAUCACAUUUUUGGAAUUUUUUACAACUCUAGAUGUAAUGUAAAUAUUUUUUUUUCUUUUUUUUACGUUAGUUUUAACCUUCUCUCUUUAACCUAUCUCAACUAGAUGGGGCUUGAUGAUAAGACAAAAUAUGUCUUCUACUUGCUCCAGUCAUUAUUUGAUUGUAAACGCGAACAAACAUGUACAAAAAAUAUAUUCUGACGAAAUAUAUACAUACAUACAAGUUUUAAUAAAAAAUGUUUUUAUUCCUCAGCUCUGCGUUCCAGUAUACUUUACUAUAUCUCGAUGUCCCCGGUGUGCGCUAAGAAGCGCGCUGGGAGCAAGGUUAUUAGACAACGCCCCUUGAUACCAGCUUUCAUCUUUUCCGAGUGACCUCAGGAGCGAAGUUGUCUCGCCUUUUUUCUUCCGUGUAUGUUUGUUGUUGCCGCAGGAGAUUCCCUAAGUGUUUACAGCAAAGAUAAAUGGCGCAUUUUAAAAUUCCACGUGCUUUUACUUUCUCUUAUCUUUAACUUUAUGUUGACCAUCAUGUACUGCGUGUGAUAAAAAACGAAAAAAGCUGACAAAAUGGUUAAAGCCAACAUUUCACCAACAGACAAAAAACUGCUGCCAAAAGCUGUUCCAAAAAAUAAAGCCAAAAAGAAGCAGGACAAGUUCGGAUUUUCAUCACAACGGCAUGUUGACAUGAUGGAGCAGUUGAAACUAUUGGUUGGAAUAACAGACCACAGCAUGUUUGAAAUUAAACUGUUGGCAUUGAGGAAUAACAUUUUGCUGUACAUCAAUGAAGAUGUUAUACCUGCUGAGCAGACAGGCAUGCUACUGGAAGCCUUUUCAAGAGCUUGUUUAUCUAAUGAUGAAAAGAUUUUGUCAAUGUUGUCAGCUUUUCCGGUAUCGUGUUUGACAGAAAAACAACUUGCAUUUCACCUUUUAAAAUGGACAACAUCUCAAGAUGACAGGUUUUGUGCCAAAAUUGCAUUACACUGUUUGGAGAUAUUCGAAAACUGCUUACGAAUUUACCAAAACUCGCUGCAUUCAGUGUGCUUCGAUGGAUUGGAGAAUUUUAUAGCCUACCUGAAAGACAGUAAACUUCAAAACAGGAUGAAGCGGUUACUCCACACUCACUAUAAAGUGGUCUGCCGACACAGCCAAACUAAUCCCGCCACAAAUCGUCUUCCUUCUCGCAAAACAGACAAGUACACUUGUUUUAUGCAAUAUGAUGAUUUUAGAAGAUUACCCACAAUCCCGACUGCUGAUGACAUUCUGACUGAAGGAAAGAUUGCAUUGCGUCCUAUUAUAACACAAGGCGGCUAUCCCAACGGAGAAGAGUAUCUGGACACUCAGUAUCGGUUGAUACGGGAAGAUCUUCUUUCACCCCUUAGAGAAGGUAUUCAAGAGAUUAUUGAGAAAAAGCGAGACAAGAAAAUCAGAUUGACUGUGUUUUCAGGAGUGCAAGUGCUAUACCCUGUCUGCACGUUUCGGGGUAUGACCUACAGAAUAUGUUUUGAUAAUAGCAAUAUGUAUGGCAUUCCUUGGGAACAAUCUAAAAAGUUAAUAUUUGGAAGCUUACUGUGUUUUACCAGUGAUAAUUUCAAAACCAUGAUUUUCGGCACUGUAGCGCAUCGUGAUCCAAUGGCUCUCCGUCAUGGUGUUUUCGAUGUUCGAUUUUCAAACAGCAAAGAAGUGCACCAGUAUACGAAUAAGAAGGUCUUAUCCAUGGUGGAGUGCCCGUCGUUUUUUGAAGCAUAUCGACAUGUAAUGGAGUGUUUGAAGGAAAUCAAUCCGUAUAAUUUACCGAUGACACGGUAUAUUGUGGAAUGCCAGACCAACUUGAAACCUCCAAAAUAUUUGCUCGAUCGACCCACAGCAACGUAUGAUUUGAGAGGCGCUUUUGGGGUAUUCGAAAACAAGUAUAAAAAGGUUCCUGUGCUUCAGCUAAAAGAGAGAUGGGAAUUUGCAACAGAAUUGAAUCAAUCUCAACUUGACGCCUUGCAGCAUGCACUACUAAACGAAUUUGUUCUCAUCCAAGGACCACCGGGAACUGGAAAAACCUUUUGUGGUCUGCGCAUUGCACAUUGUUUGUUGGUUAACAAAACCGCUUGGAAUCCGUCCGGCGACACGCCAAUGUUGAUCGUUUGUUUUACGAAUCACGCUCUUGAUCAGUUUUUGCUAGGAUUGAUAGCGUUUGGUCAUAGAAGUAUUGUCAGAGUUGGCGGUCGUUUCACUGAGGAAAUGGAACAAUAUUCGAUGAAGUCGGCGAAACAAAAAUUUCGUCAGAAAUGCAAAAUGCAGGAAACAUACAAGUUGCUACAAUAUAAGAGAAAUGUGACGUCAGAAGCUGGAAAACAAUUUGCUGAGGAUCUCCAGCCCUAUUUAAAAUCUGUGAAGAAUUACCAAGAAGCUGUCAGAAGAGGUCGAAUUGUAACAUUUCGCGAUAUUAGACAUUGCUUGGAAGAACGUCACGUUGAGUAUUUUGCGGAACAAGACGUGCAUUGCGAAGGUCUGAAAAUAUCAAUAAUGGACAUUUUUCUUGAUUUAUGCAAGAUACCACUACCAAUCCUGAGAAAUAUUUCGAGACUUGAUACACAUAUUGAAUCUGUGAACGAUAUCCCAGAAGAGAGGAGUUACUUGUUUCGAGACGAAAGCAAGCAGGAAGACCUUAUUGAUGUUAUUGGGGAAGGCAACGCCCUUGUCGAGAGGUGGGUAAUCGAUGAAGACGAGUUUCGUCCUAUUGAAACUGCUGAUAACGUGUUUGAAUUUAUCGAUGAUUUUGACGAAGCAACCUUCGUUGAUAAGGAUGGGUUUAAGUUAGUCUCGAUGACAAAACGUGAGAAGGAAAGUAAAGUUAGAAAACACAUCAACAGUGUCGAAGCUAUGGAUGCUGACGAAGCUCAACAAGUAGAAAAUCCUUGGCAGCUUAAUCUCACGGAUCGAUGGAGGUUAUACAAGUACUGGCUAUCAAUCUUCAUGCAAAACUAUGAUGAGUAUAUCGAGCUGUCAAUCCAACAGUAUGAAGAUGCGUGCGAGGAAGCAGCUCAAGUGAGAGAAGAAGAAGAAGAAAUUAUAUUAAGAUCGAAAGAAGUUAUUGCUAUGACUACCACCUGCGCUGGUCGUUAUCGUCACAUCCUGCAGAAAAUCAAGCCGAAAGUUGUGGUUAUUGAAGAGGCUGCGGAGGUCCUAGAAGCCCAUGUCAUAGCCUCUGUCAUCAAAGAAACAGAACACUGCAUACUGAUUGGAGAUCACAAGCAGUUACGUCCGAGUCCAGCGGUGCACGAGCUGGCCUCAGAUUAUCAUUUAGAUCUGUCUUUAUUUGAAAGAAUGGUAAACAACGGAAUCAAAUGUUCAACAUUGAACGUACAGCAUAGAAUGCGUCCUUGCAUAUCUCGCUUGUUGCGACACAUAUACCCUGAGUUGACCGACCACGAAAGUGUUUCAACAUACGAGGAUGUUCUUGGUUUGGAUAAAAACUUGUUCUUUAUCAAUCACUCUGAAAUGGAGAAACGAGAGAGAAAAACGACCUCAAAGGCUAAUACACACGAAGCGAAAUUCCUAAGCUCGCUUUGUUUGUACUUCUUAAACCAAGAUUAUGACCCAAGCCAAAUUACAAUCCUUACAGGUUAUACUGCACAAGUUCAAGAGCUGCGUACCUACAUGCCCAGGUCUGUGUUUGAAGGAGUAAAAGUGACCAGUGUUGACAACUUUCAGGGUGAAGAGAAUGAUAUCAUUCUACUGUCCCUGGUAAGGAGCAACGAGAAACAGACUAUUGGUUUUCUCAAAACGGAAAAUCGCAUUUGUGUGGCACUCUCAAGAGCAAGAAAGGGACUGUAUGUGAUCGGAAAUUUCGAUUUGCUUUAUGAGCAAAGUGACCACUGGAGAAAGAUUAUCACUGAUGCGAAAAACAUGGACUGUUUUGGCGAGGGACUUGAUUUAGUUUGUCAGAAUCAUCCUGAAAAGAAGAUUCAAGCUUUUGGGUGGCGUGAUUUUGAAGAUGCUCCAGAGGGUGGGUGUACAAAGGUAUGUGGCUUUCAACUCCCCUGCUUGCAUGUCUGUGAAGCGUGGUGUCAUCCCUACGAUAAAGAGCACGAAGAAUACGAUUGUCAGGAGAAGUGCUUGAAAUUGACAUGUGGAGAAGACAGCCACAGGUGUCAACUUCAGUGUCAUUUUGGAGAUGACUGCAGUCCAUGUCAGAUUAAGGUGGAGAAAUUGCUUCCAUGUGGACACACUCAACAAACUCAAUGUUCUGACGAGCCUACUGAAGUUAUUUGUCAAUCUCCUUGUCAAAAAUUAAUGCAGUGUGGCCAUAAUUGUUCAAAUAAAUGUGGUGAAGAAUGUAGUCCGGUAGAUGAAUGCCAAUUCACGGUAGAUAAAAAGCUAGGUUGUGGUCAUACGCAAAAUGUGGAAUGUAGUAAAAAAAUAGAAAAUGCUGAAUGCCAGAUCAAAUGUGAAUCUGUUUUAGAGUGUGGCCAUGCAUGCUCGGGGACAUGUCAUGGUUGUCGUAGAGGGAAAUUGCACGUUAGAUGUGACGAACCGUGUGAAAAAGUUCUUACUUGUACACAUGAAUGUCAGUCAAGAUGUGGCCAAGCAUGUCCACCUUGUCAGGAACAGUGUGCUUUUGUGUGUACGCAUAACAAAGUUAUAAGUAAAUGUGGAGAAAUGUAUGAACUUUGUCAACAGCCUUGCGAUAAUGCGUGUGAACACAGACAAUGUAACCGUCUGUGUUUUGAAGAGUGCAAUGUUGAAAGGUGCGAGGAGAGGUGCACACUUUCGCUUGAUUGUGGUCACACAUGUACCGGUGUUUGUGGUGAGAAAUGCCCAAAGUUUUGUAAGGUUUGUCAGGAAGAUUUAUUUGCUAAUAAACCAAAUUCAAUGUUUAUUAGUUUGGAAUGUUGUAAUAAUCUACUCACUGUGAACCAAUUAGAUGGCAUUAUGGAUUCGCGUAUGCUGACGUCAGUUGUUCCGCUAAAGUACGAGGAAUGUCCGGUUUGCGAUACAGUAAUAUCUAACAUAAAGAGAUACAAACCAUAUAUCGCAAGAGUAAGGGAAGAUUUUCGCAAGGUUGAAGCGUUUCAAGUUGAAAAGGAGGCGAAAAUGGUGGACGAACUGAUUAGGAGAGCAUACACAGUAUGUCAAUCCCUAGCCAUAUUGUAUUUAUCAUGUCCUAAAUUGCUUAAGAAACAAAACAAUAAAGAUUAUCAGCUGAUAGCUAACUGUAUCGACAUAAAUUCGUUCAAAAGAAACCUAGAUUUACGGUACUUAGCUCGCAACGAAACGAAAUCGAAUUUGCUGUUGCUUGCAGAACGCAUGGUGCAAUGUAGUCGAUUGUUAGACGCAUAUCGCGUAAAUAAUCAAGUCUCGAUACUGCAAUACGCAGAACAGUUACGAGCUAAUAUACGCGAGGCAGGUUCUCUCGACGGUCGCGGGCCGGCAAUGCAGGAAGCUGUGAAGGAGAUAGUCAACAAAGGUAUGGAAAGUGCAUUAACCAUCCAAGAAGCAAAAGAUCUGCUUGUGCUACUCGAGCGCAUUUGUUUAAAGUUGCAAUGUAUUAUAUGUCAACGCGAGCUUCGUAAUAUACCAACCGAUCUCGAAACCAUCAAAGGUAUCGACAAGAUGUUUAAAAAGACUGUCAAGGUUUUAAACAGCAGUGCGUUUUUGAGUGAGGAACAACUGGAGAAGAUGAGACUGGAAGCUAGUUGUUACGUUGAGAAGUUUGAGCUUAAGAGAGUAGAAAUAACCCCGCAAAUUAUAUUCGGAUCCACAGAUGCUACGACAAAAAGAGUCUGGUAUAAAUGCAGUCGUCAACAUUUGUUUGUCCCUCACUUACAGGAUGAAGAAAUAUCGUGUCCGAAAUGCGGCUGCUCUGAUGAAGGAACUUGUGCCAACGGUGACACAGAUGAAAGUUUAACAAACGAAGACUGGGAUAGUUGUGAGGUAUCUUUGGAUGCUUCUAAUGAAGACUUUUAUUCGCCCUGUUCUAGCAGCGAUCAGCUAAGCGAGGAAGAGCAAUCUGGAACAGACAUUAAUUCGAACAUUGUGACAAGAAGAGAAAAUGUAGUAGCGUUUGUCGAAACUUUGACAAGUCGGUUCGCUCUCACAAAUUUAAUUGAUAAAUAAAAAACCGAACCAUCACGAAGCUGGGAAGAUAUAACGUAAGAAAGCUAAUGCGACAACUGGACGACUUCAUCAACUUUUUUCACGUUGUAUUAUGUUGUUUCUAUUUUUAAAUGUUUUCCUUUGGAUGUGGUAAAGUUUUUUUGUAAGAAUUAUAUCUUUUAGUUUGAUCCUUGUGAUUCUUAGAAAAAAGUUAUUUUGAGCCUAAUAUUCAAAUAUAGUGGCGUCUGAUGUUCAAGAAACGAAUUUUUAUAAAAAAAAUAUGUAUAUGGCUUCGAAAUUUUACGCUUUAAAAAAUAAAGGAAAUUAAGAUAUCUUAUGGUUUCCCGAACCUUUGGCUACGAUUAGUUUAUAUUUGCAAGAAUCUCUCCAGUCAGUUUUUUACAAGUUAAUUUAUACGAGAUAUUUCGCAUAUUAACUUGCUUCUUAGUCCACGUAUAAAAUAAAAAGACUUCUCGACACUUUGUAGCUGCUAGUGAAACGUUUGUAAAUUCUCUUUAAUUAUCAUUGUAUCUUAUUGUUUAUAUGUAAGUUUAAAUUGUUAUUUUAACUUUAAUUUCUUUAUGCUUCAGUACACAGUCAAACCUGUAAAAAGCAGACACCUGUGGUUACAGAAAAAGGAUCUGUGUUCUGGUGUCCGUCAUACAGAGGAUAUUUUAUAAGGGGUACCGUAAACGAUACAUCAAAGAGUGUCCGCUAUGUACAGGUUUGAUUGGUCACGUACAACUACGGAAUAAACAUUUCAAAAAAUAGCCGUUUUUGCCCAUUUAUUUAAAUUGCCAAAUUACAUGAACUAACUGAUUCUCCACAAGCGGUAGGCCACGAGAGCUUUAUUUGGCAUAUGAAUUGUCCAACGCGGUUUCCAGAUUUCCCGCAUUGUGGAGCACCCCCUCCCUCCGUCGUCCGACCCAAAAACAUCUAGGAGUUCAAGUAAACGGAGCAUGUAGUAAUUAACAUGAAUCAAGAUUUUUGUGGUAACCAACAAGUCCUUAUAUUUCUAUGAACUUUAACAAGUGAACUCUGCCAAUUUUUGGGGUGUGUUAUAUGGGACCUAGGAACGGGGUUGAAAACGACGUUCCUAUCUGCUUGUGGUUAUGAUCUACGAAAUUUAACCUUUCCCGAAAUGUUUUUUCCGCGUGUGAUGUGUAUAUAAGAAUUUUAAUAUUAUAUAGAUAGCUAAAAA